AUGGCCAGAGAUGGCCGCUGGGUAGGAAUGCCCGCGGGGCUGCGCCGUGUCCGUGUGUGUGGUGUGUCCCUCCGUGUGGCGUGUCCGUGUGUGUGGCGUGUCCCUCCGUGUGGUGUGUCCGUGUGUGUGGUGGGGCCUGCGUGUGGCGUGUUCGUCCGUGUGUCAUGUCCGUCCGUGUGCCGUGUUCCCGGCGUGUGGCGGGGCCCUGUGUGUGCCGUGUUCCCGGCGUGUGGCGGGGCCCUGUGUGUGCCGUGUUCCCGGCGUGUGGCGGGGCCCUGUGUGUGCCGUGUUCCCGGCGUGUGGCGGGGCCCUGUGUGUGCCGGGUUCCCGGCGUGUGGCGGGGCCCUGUGUGUGCCGUGUUCCCGGCGUGUGGCGGGGCCCUGUGUGUGCCGUGUUCCCGGCGUGUGGCGGGGCCGUGCGCCGGGAGCCACCGGCCCGGGCGCGCCCCCAGCGCCACCCGGCGGUGACAGCGCGCACGCCCGAGCUGCUGGCGGCGGCCGUGCUGCGCUCCCGGCCCGCGGCUCUGCCUCUCUGGCCUGCCUUCCAGCGCCACCCAGGGAGCGGCUCCGUGACCCGAAGGGCUCCGCCGUGUGCUUUCCCUGCGCCGGAGCCAAGGGCGAGGAAGCGGCCACAGCCCACGGGGCUGCUCUUGGGAUGGAGCCGAGCAUCCGCUGUGAACGAGCCCCUGAGCACGGCUCGUCUCAUGACUUAGUCUUUGCUCCACUACCUAUUAAAGAAGGAGACAAGACGUUCAUAGGCAGCUUUCAUUCAGGCAUCCAGAAGGACACAGAAAGGCAAGACAAUUUAACAGAGCUAACUGUAUUAGCUGGAGGAGACUGUUCCCGGCUCGUCUUCAUGUUGCCCAUUUUAUUCUCUGCAUUUAUCCUGUCUGCUUGCUGCUUAACCAAAGGGAACUGCAUCUCCUAUGAUGAACUGAAAGAGCUGAAGACUGAAUUUGCCAUCACUCUUUACCGGCACAUGUCUGAAGCAGAGAACAGGACCAAUCUGGUAGUCUCUCCAGCAAGUGUGGCUGUUUCUUUAGAGCUGCUGCAAUUUGGAGCUCAAGGAAAUACCUUUACUGAGCUACAAGAUGCCCUAGGAUACAGUAUUCAUGAUCAAAGCGUGCAGGAUUUCAUGCACACGGUGGACCAAGCGGUGACUGACUCCAGCCAAGGCACAGUGGUCCAGCUGGGAUGUUCCCUCUUUGUGGACGCGGGCGUGCAGCUCUUGCCUGACUUUGCAGAGCGUGCAGCGCACUGGGCCAACAGCAGCUUGCUGCAAACCAACCUCACUGACCCCAACACCACCCACAUACAGGGAUGGAUCACCACUGACCUUGCAGAUGGGGAUGUGCGUGGGAUGACCUUGGAGAGCGCUGGGUCAUCGUUCAGCCAGGUCACCCUGGUGAGCACCCUGUACUUCAGAAGCAUGUGGCAAAAAAAGUUUUCCUUUAUGGAUUCCCAGAUGUUGCCUUUCACCACACCAGAGGGCUCAACCCUGAAAGUGCCCACCAUGCACCACACAGCUGAAGUUAACUAUGGCCAGUUCCAGACUGCAGCUCUGGAGGCUUUCAGCGUGGUCGAGUUACCCUACCUGGGGGAGAAACUCAGCAUGUUCCUAGUGCUUCCCAGCCACAAAAGAACACCUUUGUCCCAGAUUGAGUCUCAUCUUUCUGCCAAAACCAUAAUGCUCUGGGCCAACAGCUUGAAGAGAACAAAGAUGGACAUUUUUCUGCCUAGGUUCAGUAUUCAAAGCCUUUUUGACCUAAAGACAGUUCUUUCUACCUUGGGAAUUAGAGAUGCAUUUGAUCCCAUCACUGCUAAUUUUAAAGGCAUUUCAGAGCAAGAUGGUCUUUAUAUUUCAGAAGCUAUUCACAAAGCAGAGAUUGAAGUAACAGAAGAUGGUACAAAGGCAUCAGGAGCUACAGCAAUGGUCUUACUAAAAAGAUCUCGAACACCUAUUUUCAAAGCAGAUCGACCUUUCACAUUUUUCCUGAGGCAAGUUAAUACAGGUUCAGUACUUUUUAUAGGAAGAGUUACAAAUCCUUCAUAA